AUUAUUAAAUGAAGUCAGAGCAUCUAUGAAAGAGAAUGAGUUUUCUUUGUAUUUGAAUCUUAUAUCAAUGGAUGACGUAUCAACUCAUUCAUCACUUGACUUUAAUCAUCGUCUAAGUGCUGUAACAAUCUCUGUCCCUAAUAAAUUAUUCUUUGUCAAUCCGUUUCCCAAGGUAUUAAAUUCGUCUCUGUAGAUGGUCAUACAUAAGUUUCAUCUUCAUUUUCUAAAUUUUAAAACAUAAAACAAAGCAAUAAUCCUAACUAGACUCGUCAAUUUUACUCCAUUUCUAUAAAUAAAUAGAAAAUGGAAAAUGUUUAGCCUUAAUCAAUAUGAUAAUCAGUUCAUAUGAUAAAUUAAUGUUGCAGUAGGGUAGUGGGGUGCACGUCAUAAGCGGAUAGUGUAGUAGUGCCCUUCCACUUUUGUCAAAAAUUCAACCACAUGGCUUGUUAUAUAUAUUUACUUCUUUCAGCCAUAUAUCCCUAUGAAUCAAAAGAGAGAGAGAGGAAGAGAUGGGAUUUCCAAGAGCUUUGAUGAUCAUUAUUACCUCACUGCUGGUGGGUUGCUCCUCAGCUUUGGAUGAAUCAGCAGUGAUUUACGUGGGUGGAAAAGUGAUGUGCCAGGACUGCACCCAGGGCUGGAACGAAUGGGUUAAUGGUGACAGACCUAUGAAAGGAGUUAAGGUGUCCCUAACAUGCAUGGACAAGAGAAGCAGGGUUGUGUACUAUACAAGUGACACAACAGAUGAGUUAGGGCAAUACGGCUUGAGUGUGAAAAAGUAUGUCUAUGGCAAGGAAUUGGAUACAAAACGAUGCUCCGUGAGGUUGGUGUCUUCUCCAGAUAACGUUUGCAACAUCCCCACUGACUUCGGUGGUGGAAAGUCUGGUGUCAAGCUCAACAAUCCUACAUCAAUGUAUCGCAGUUUCAUCAAAUACAUGCUCAACCAUUUUUAUUACACCACUCCUAUGUGCGAUAAACCAGACACUGAGGUCUCUGACUCUGAACCUCAAGAUCACCACGGUCCAGGAGGCUACUACUAAUUAAUGGCCACACUCACUCUGCUUAAUUUCAAUACAAAUUAUUAUUAUUGUUUAUCACUUAUUUACUUUUGCAACAGAUGUGUAUCUCAACCUAAAAUUUGAUGACAACGGCGAAAAAAAUUAUUUGUGCUCCUUCGUACAAAUAUAAAAUGAGCAUUUCUCAUGUCCAAAA